AUGGUGCCCAAAUUGGGAAAGGUGGUGGGGGCAGAUCUCUCCAAGAAUAGAUUAACUGAGAUUCCUAUAGAGGUGUGCCAUUUUGUGUCAUUGGAAACACUAAAUCUCUACCAUAAUUGUAUUAAAAUUAUACCGGAUGCAAUAGUGAACUUACAAAUGCUAACUUACUUAAAUUUGAGUCGAAAUCAGCUUUCUUCUUUGCCACCUUGCCUAUGCAGUCUUCCUCUCAAAGUCUUAAUUGCGAGUAACAAUAAGCUAGGUUCCCUUCCAGAAGAGAUAGGUCAGCUGAAACAGUUAAUGGAACUGGAUGUCAGCUGUAAUGAGAUUACAGCUUUGCCACAGCAAAUAGGCCAGCUGAAAUCUUUGAAAGAACUGAAUAUCAGAAGAAAUUACCUCGAAGUUUUACCCCAAGAACUAGUGCAGCUCCCCUUGGUAAAGUUUGACUUUUCCUGCAAUAAAGUGCUUGUGAUUCCACUUUGUUUUAGAAAGAUGGUGCAAUUGCAAGUAUUAUUGCUUGAGAACAAUCCUUUGCAGUCUCCACCAGCACAAAUUUGUACAAAGGGUAAGGUGCAUAUAUUCAAAUAUCUGAGUGUACAGGCCUGUCAGAUUAAAUCAGCAGACUCACUGUAUCUUAAUGCCAUAGAACCACCGCAUUUGCCACAACCUGUGGAAGAGAGCAUCGAUGACAUCUUCCCAAGUAAGAAGGACUCUGAUUCAGGUGUUGGCAGUGAUAACGGCGAUAAACGUUUGUCGGCAACAGAGCCAUCUGAUGAAGAUACUAUUAGCUUUAAUGUCCCCAUGUCAGACAUUGUGGAAGAAGAGCAGUUUGUGAAAGAAGACUCAGGUCACCAUGCUAACUCAAGAAAAGUGGAAUUCCAUCAGGGAUCUGCUCACUUGGUUGUCAAUGAUAAGUCAAGAGAAACGGGAAACCAGUUUGUUGAUGAAUCGGAUACUCUUACUACUGAAUUUAUGAGUUACAUCAAGAGCAGAGCAGCAGAGUGUGAUGAGUUACUGCGAAUAGAAGAGGACGCACAAUGGCAGACCGAGGAAAUAAUAAAUCUGUCAGAAGAGCAAACGAUUGAUAUAGCAAUGAUAGAACAACUACGAGAAGCAGUAGAUUUAUUACAGGACCCCAGCAGUCAAAUGCAGAUGGAGAUGUCCUCUCUUGGUCAGAAAGAAAAUGCUGAAGAGGAACUAGAAUUUCAGAAGAGGAGGGAACUGAUUAUGGAGAAAGCCAAGACAGAAACCAGAACAUGUGAACAGGGCAAAAGCUGGUCGUUGAGUCAGAAUGAUCUAAUAGCGUGGAAUACAAGUGGGCAAAGUGCUCACAAUGAGAACAAGGAUAAAAGUCCGACGUUGUCUCCUACUGCAAACAGCACAGUCCCUUUUGGCCUGAAGCCACGAUCAGACCCAUCCCUCACUCUUCCUCCUAUCUCCUUCAACACACUUACACAGGCACAAACAUGGGACAGCUAUAGCUACAGUAUCCCCUCUGAAGGAGACAGUGACAAUGUGUUCUUAAGACCACAGAGAAAUUUGGAAUCAAUAGACCCACAAUUUACAAUUCGAAGGAAAAUGGAGCAGAUGAGAGAAGAGAGAGAGCUUGUGGAACAGCUACGUGAGAACAUUGAAACGAGACUAAAGAUUUGUUUGCCUGAAGACUUGGGGUCUGCUCUGAUGGAUGGCGUCGUUCUUUGCCAUUUAGUAAAUCAUGUCCGUCCUCGGUCUGUAGGAAGUAUUCAUGUGCCGUCACCAGCAGUACCUAAACUUAGCAUGGCCAAAUGCAGGAGGAAUGUGGAAAACUUUCUGGAUGCUUGUAGAAAACUGGGGAUACCAGAGGAGAAGCUCUGCCUACCACAUCACAUCCUAGAAGAAAAGGGCUUGGUAAAAGUGAGCGUGACAGUUCAAGCAUUACUAGAUGUAACCACAGUGAAACAAGCUUUAUUCACAUGAGACUACUCCUUCUGCUGUAACCAGCUCCACUGUGCCAUCAAAGAAUCCAAACACUGCCCAUCUUUUCAAACUGCA